AGACCUGCGGUCCAUAACCUAAUGUUUCUUUCCUUUUGGGCUAUCUUCUUCUGUAUUUUCUUUUCUUUUCUCUCUCAUUUUCUUUGAAUCAAACCAUUUAUUCCUCGCUCAAAUUCAAGAAAAAAGAUGAAAAACAAACACUUUCCCAUUUCACUGAUUGAUUCCCUUCUCUCUUUUUGUCCUUUGAGGCCUUUUAAUUUCUUGUAUCGAAUAAUCUUUCUUGAAGUUUUUUCGUCCUUUUCAUUGCCCUGCAAUCCAAAGUUGGACCCAGGCAAAACAUCCACUCCAUUUUCUGUUGAAAUUAUUGAACGUUCUUGAUUUUCCUUUGUUAGGGUGUCAAAGAACAGUUAGAUAAGCAUGAAAGGAGAAAGAAUGGCAAAAAGAUCAUCGUUUGGUAACAUAAUGAGGAGAAGACUCUCUGAUAUUACCAACACUCAGGCACAACACAAAUUGGUUGGCCUCAUGGUAGAGCAGUCCCAGAAUUCUGAAUCCAAUGAAGACUUAAUUAAUCAGCUUCUUCAGGUGAAACAGGAAAAAGAAAUGCUGCUGAAACUGGUAGAAGAGAGAAAUAAAAUCAUAGAAUUGAGUGGAAAUAAAUUGAGGGAUCUGCGAAUGAAUUAUCAGAAAUUGCAGGCACAGAACUGGAAUCUUGCUCAAUCAAACAGCCAGAUGUUAGCAGAGCUUAAUUUAGGAAGAGAAAAGCUGAAAGCACGACAACAUGAAAUUGUUUGCAAAGAAGCCUUACUUAAAGUAAAGAAUCUAGGACCACAGGGAAAAGCAGAUAUGAAUUGUCCAAAUGUUGUCUCCCAGGAAGUGGAGAAGAUAGAAGAGGAGGAAUGUGUGCCAGGAGCUGCUAACAAUGAUAUCAAACCUUGUAGUUGCGGCAGAAGGUGCACAGCAAGAUGUCAAUCCAUAGGCCCUUCUACUACAAAUCGACAAACUGUAGUAAAAGAGAAGGCUGAAACCAAAAGGUUGGUUCACUGUUAGCAGUUUCCAACUGCUUGUCCAGGGUUGAGCCUAUCAGUUUCCACCGCUUGUCCAGGUUUGAGCCCUAAGUUAAAAAGCCACCUACGGAUUUCACCUUGUUUAUUUGAAAAGAUGAAUAAACAAAUUCUUUAUCCAAUCAUUCUUUGACAGCGCAAGUUUUGGAAAAUCAGAGGUGAUGGGUAUCUAUGUCACUUUGAUCCAAGGGUACGUUAUCCAAAUCCAGGGUUCUUAAAUUUGAAAUCAAUCCCCAGUGCAAUAUAUAUGUUUGUUGGUGCUCAUUUUCUCUCAAAAGCAGCCAGCAAACUCUGGCAGAUUUGUUCUCUUUCUUCAGGAGGCUGAAAUUACCAAGACAUUGGCUGGAGAGGUCUAUCUGUUAUAUGAAAUAGAACAUUCCAACAUUAUCAGGUGUGCUGUUUCCUCUAAUCAGAAAAGAGUUCCUGUCCUCUGUGAACUGGAAUAAGAUAUAAAAUAGGAAUGAAUGAUUCCAUGAGUUAACCAUGCUUGUUAACAAUUGAGAAUAAGAUACAAAAUAGGUGAUAUUGGUGUACAAAUAUGCUGAACAGCAAUCCUGUUUUGAGAGUGUCAAUUAGGCCAUUACAUAUCUGUGGAGUGUGGACUAAGAGUCAUUUUUCCCAUCCAUCAUUCUUGCUUUUUAGGAAGCAAUUGAAUAUGAAAUUAUGAAUUUCAGUGGUUACCGUGAAAUUACUUAAUCAUCAUCUAGUCAAGUAUAUUCUUUUUAACUCUUUAUUCUGGAUCAUGGCUAUAGUUCUUCAGUCAAGAUCCUCCUCAUCUUGCUGGUUUGUGU